AUGGCGUUCAUGGUGAAGAGCAUGGUGGGGGGGCAGCUGAAGAACCUGACGGGCGGCCUGGGCGGUGAGGAGAAGAGCGAGGGUGAGAAGUCUCCGGCCGAGGCGCAGGGCAUGACCCGUGAGGAGUACGAGGAAUAUCAGCGACAGCUGGUGGAGGAGAAGAUGGAGAGAGACGCCCAGUUCGCCCAGCGCAAGGCGGAGAGGGCCACGUUCAGGUCCCACUUCCGAGACAAGUACAGGCUCCCCAAGAACGAAACGGACGACAACCAGAUCCAGCUGGUGGGAGGUGACGUGGAGCUGCCCAAAGAGCUGGCCAAGAUGAUCGAGCAGGACAACGAGGAGGAGGAGGAGAAGAACUCGGUUAUCGGCCCAAACCUUGUCCCCUUCCCGUCACCCCUGAGCACCGUGAGCCACCAGCCCCAAAAAGUGGGAGCCCCGACACACAUCCACCGCCCUGUGUGA